AUGAAGAAGCUCUAUUCAAGACAAAUAUGCAAGAACGUAAAGGUCAUGUUGAAGGGCCCCACAUUAAUCCAAGGUCUCUCAGGUCUCACCACCAUCUCAGCUCAGGAUCCCUAUCUGACAGUCUCUGCUCUGGAUGUUACCUGUCUCAGUACCAUUGCUGAAAAUGUUCAAGAAAAUUUGGAACACCAAGGUAAUAGCAUCUGGCCCUCAUUUUUGAACUACUUUUCACCACUUGAAACUCCGAGAAACCCAAGCCUAGUUUCAGAAGCAAAGAUGAUUGCAGGGAGUUCGAUAAUUGAAAACAAGGUGACAGAGUGGAUGUCAGCAACCCCAACAAUGGCAAAGUGGUUAAUUGAUGACAUGGAUCAGAAAAAAGGCACCUGGGCUUGUAAGGAGACUAGCAAGCAACAAACAAAAAUCAGGUUGAUGUAUUCCAAUUUGAAGCCUGGAAGCCUGGAUGCUGCAAGAAUGAAGCUAAACAAAACAGCCCCACAAGGUUUCCAGUAUACUAAACAAAAGGGGAAAAUUGAACAAUCUCGGCACAAGGAAAGACUAUGUUACCAAUCACUCAUAACUUAUCUGACCUUUGGCCCCAUCAGAUUCUUCAAACCUAAGAAUUGGAAAGCUGGAAUUAAUGAAUUGAUUCAACUCCUAGAGCUCCCUAUUCCUUUGGUUGAAAACAAAGACGUUGAUGGAAAGCCCUCCAGCUACAAGGCCAGCGGGCUACAGGAUGCCAUGGGAAUGUUCAAGCCACAGGUCCUGGCAGAGGCUAUAGUUUCAGAUUUUUUUGAGGAAGCUUUAAACCCAAGGGGUGCCCUUAUGCUUGAUGGAAAUCCUGCACCUGAAAGAACACCCGGCUUAUGUGAACCAGAGCCAAAAGAAUUGAUUGAGGUAGCUGCUCAUCAGGGUCAAAACAUGAUUCCCAAACUACCUGCUGGGGUACAUAUCUGUUUAAGAAAGGAUUGGGUCCACGCAUCUGGUUAUACAACACUUAUAGAUGAAUUGGUUCCAGUUCAAAUCAAAGCAGAAGAUGAUUCACAGAUUGGAAUCUUACAAAAUCCUAAAUCAGUUUCUUUCACUAAUCAAGAAUCAACCAAACUGAUUGGUAAACAUACUAAGGAUGAGAAAUUGAUCCUUACCAUUGGUGGGGAUCAUUCUUCCAAAAUUUGGUGUGUUCACUAA